AUGGGCGCAUCAGUUGGUGUCCUCUUGCUCGGUGGUGCAGCCAUGGUCUACCAUUCCUGGUACAAACGUCACGUUCUUCGCAAGAUGGAAGCCGCUUUCGAUCCCGGCUACGACCCUGUCCUUGCCCUUGCCAAGAGCGGAGAUCAACUCGCUCACGUCCGCAUCGACCCGCCUCGCCCAGAAGACGAGAUGAUCCGUAGCAUCGUCUCUGGCAAAGAGGCCGGUCGAUACUUCCUUGUCAUGGGCAGCAAGGGCUCUGGUAAAGCAACUUCAAUCAUUGAGGCAAUGGCAGAAAUUGAUGCUGAUGGAUGCGCCUUCUUCGACGCCCAUCUCGAUCCAACCAUUGUCGUCGACCGUUUCUCGGAAUCGAUCAACUUUAGCAACAAUCGUGACUAUCUCGGCAAUUUGCUAGGUCUUUCAGAUUUGUCAGGCAUGUCAUACUACCAGCAACUCGAACGAGCGCUGCACAAGCUCGAGAAGGCGCUCAUCACACGCAAGCAGAAAACGGGUAAACCUGCCAUCAUUGUCAUGAACAGUGCUCAUCUCCUGCCCCGCGACGAAGAAGGAACCAAGCUGCUGCACAUCUUCCAGCAGCGUGCCGAGAAGUGGGCUUCGGCAGGAACAGCGACAUUCGUCUUCACCACAGCUGACUACUGGGUCUACGAUGUGCUGAGAAAAGCAUCGAAUCGCAUGGAUACCUUAUCGUUCAGGGAUCUCUCAAGACGCCAGUCAAUCAACGUCUUGCGCGGAUGCAGGAAGCAAUACUGGGGUGAGAAGCCUUCUUCGCAAAAUCCACGUGUCUUGCAAGAGGUCUAUGAGAUCUGCGGUGGCCGUCUGGGCCUGCUCAACAAGGUGGCUCGACGCAAGGACAUGUUGCGCGCAGCAAGACAGUUGGUCGAGGACGACAUGCAGUGGGUUCUCAGUAAGACAGGUAUCAUCCAGGACCACGACGACGAUGUGAUGGACGAGCAAAAGUGGUCGACCUGCAGUUGGUUGCUCUUUUGCGAGCUGAGCAAGAAGCAAAAGGAGUUGGAGGAGGUCUUGGAUGAGUAUGAAGGUGUCUUGCCAUCGUUCGUGAAUCAGGAGGCCAUAGAAGAUCCACAGUACAGCAGCUUGGCUGCGCAAUUGCAUAGCGAUGCGGGCUGGUUCAAGGCUCGAGCUUCUCCUGUGCCAGGCCUGACACGCUUCAGUACCGCGCUCAAAAGUGACAAAGAUGGCAUAGACGGAAAGGCAGGCGGCGACGCUCACAGGGGUCAUCAACACGACGAUGACGACGACGAUGACGACGACAAUGAUGAUGACGAUGAUGAUGCCACUGCACACCGCCGUCUGAGCGAGUCACCCAUCACUGAUCCCAGCAUGGACCAAGAAGCCGACGUGCGAGGUGCUGAUGUCCCCAACCCUCACCUCACUUGGGGCGAAGCACGUCAAGUCAUGACGCGACCUGACUUCAUCAUGGAGCUCGACCAUCUCAACGUUAUUCACAUUGACCGUCAUCAUCACAUUCGCGCCGAUUCCAUGCCGCUUCUACGUGCUAUGCGCCGCGUUGCCGAAUCGCAAGGCUACGAGGAGCGUCUCGAAUCGGUCAUGGACCGUGUUUCGGCCAUUGAGAGCUUGGGAAGAACACGAGAGUUGGUGUGGAAGGAACAGGGAGAUGGUGGCAAAUUCUUGAUCAAGAAGGAUGGCAAGGGCCGUGAAUUCGAGACCUGGACUUUGCUCGGAGGAGACGAGCGACUCGGUCGCGACACCGAAGGCGAAGGCGACGAUGAUGACAAGUGA